CAUGUAUGCAAAUCCUUCCUAUUGUUUGAAAAUCAUUUUUCUCUACUCUCUGUUAGAAUAAGUAGUUUGGGAACCAUUGACAAGAACAUGAUCAAUUUGAGGAGGAUGUUGAGGCAACAAUGGCCUCUUUCAGCGUCCUUUGGCUUCUUUUGCAGUCUAUGCUGUCUCAGCUGCUUCUGGUUUCAAGUGUCCAUGGCUCAAAAUGCUACUACCGAUCCAUCUGAAGUGGAGGCGUUGACCUCAAUAUUCCGGCAAUGGGACAUGCUAGCCCUGACCAUCCGUGGAGGAGAGCCAUGCAUUGGAUUUGCCAUCAAUGGAAGCGAGUUUGAAAACCAAGAGAAUAAUCCAGCCGUCAGUUGUGACUGUACCUAUGACAAAAAUACUACCUGCCACAUUACCAAACUUCGAGUUCAUGCUCUGAACAAACGAGGGAUGUUUCCAAAAGAAUUUGAAGCUUUAAGAUAUCUGGCCGUUUUGAAACUUGAUAAGAACUAUUUCACCGGUCCCCUACCAGCAUUCAUCGGCAAUAUGUCUGCGUUGAUAGUAUUGUCAAUUGCCCACAAUUCAUUCUCUGGGCCCAUCCCGAAGGAGCUUGGAAACCUUAAGGAGCUAGCUAUGCUGUCCCUUGGAUCAAAUGAUUUCUCCGGAACACUCCCUCCAGAACUUGGUAAUUUAGUCAAUCUCGGGCUAUUUUACAUGGACAGCUGUGGACUCGGUGGUGAAAUUCCUUCAACAUUUGCUAAGCUCAUCAACAUGCAAGUCUUCUGGGCACAAGACAAUCCUUUAUCAGGAAAGAUACCUUCUUUCAUUGGAAAUUGGAGAAAACUAACUUUUUUGAGAUUUCAAGGGAACUCUUUUGAAGGCCCAAUACCAACCAGUUUUUCUCAACUGACUUCAUUGGAAUCUCUGCGAAUCAGUGAUAUAUCUAAUGUGAGCUCGUCUCUUGAUUUCAUAAAAAAUUUGAAGAACUUGACUGAUUUAGUUCUACGGAAUACAUUAAUCAAUGGUAGCAUCCCUACUGAGUUUGGAGAAUAUCAACGUUUACAGAUACUGGAUCUGGGUUUCAACAAUUUAACAGGCGAACUCCCAAGUUCUUUGUUCAACAUGAGUUCUCUUAAAUAUUUAUUUCUUGGAAACAAUAGUUUGUCUGGACCUCUUCCAAGCCAAAAGAGCAAUCAACUUCAGACUAUAGAUUUGUCUUACAACUAUUUCUCAGGAAGCUUUCCCCCAUGGGUAACCACAAUAUUGCAACUUCUUCCUGGAUUGAAUUGCCUCCAGAGGAAUUUUCCAUGCAAUCAAAAUACACCACGAUGCUCAGAUCUUACACCAACUACUCCGGGAAAGAAGAGCAGGAUUGGGUUGAUAGUUGGUAUUGCAGUCCCUGUCGGAGUAGUGAUCUUGCUAUUAUUAUUUGCAGUUUUAUAUAUGCGGAGAAAAACAUCAGAAAAAUAUGACGAUGAAGAUCUUCUAGGAUUAGGCCCCCGACCAAAUACUUUCAGUUAUGCUGAGUUGAGAGCUGCAACAGAAGAUUUUAAUCCUUCAAAUAAGCUAGGAGAGGGAGGAUAUGGACCUGUUUAUAAGGGUACACUAUCUGAUGGGAGGGUAGUGGCUGUGAAGCAACUUUCAGUGGCAUCUCACCAAGGGAAGAGUCAAUUUGUAACUGAGAUUGCUACGAUAUCUGCAGUCCAACAUCGCAAUCUAGUGAAAUUGUAUGGAUGCUGCAUUGAAGGAACCCAGCGCAUUUUGGUUUAUGAGCAUCUUGAUAACAAGAGCCUUGAUCAGGCACUUUUUGGAAGAAAUGACUUGCACCUUGACUGGCCUACCCGCUUCAAUAUAUUGUUGGGAACAGCAAGAGGACUUGCUUACCUUCAUGAGGAGUCAAGGCCCAGGAUUGUACAUCGAGAUGUCAAAGCCAGUAAUAUUUUGCUCGAUGCAAAACUCUCCCCAAAAAUAUCAGAUUUUGGAUUGGCAAAGCUUUAUGAUGAUGAAAAAACCCACAUUAGCACCCGGGUUGCAGGGACAAUAGGUUAUUUGGCACCGGAGUAUGCAAUGCGUGGACAUCUGACAGAAAAGGCUGAUGUUUUCGGUUUUGGGGUUGUUGCUUUGGAGAUCAUCAGCGGGAGACCAAAUUCUGACAACAAUUUGGAUCUUGAGAAGAUUUAUCUUCUUGAAUGGGCAUGGACUCUACAUGAAAAGGACCAGAGUCUGGGGCUGGUGGAUCCGAGAUUGACGAAGUUUGAUGAAAGUGACGCAACUAGAUUGAUAAAAGCAGCUCUCCUCUGCACUCAGGCUUCACCGAUGAUGAGGCCAUCGAUGUCACGUGUGGUGGCAAUGCUUUCUGGAGAUAUUGAAGCAAGCACUGUUAUGUCAAAGCCAAGUUAUUUGACAGAUUGGGAUUUCAAAGAUGUAACCACAAGUAGCUUUUUGGUGGAUGGUGAUACCUCAUCAACUGAGACAACCCUAUCAACCAUGUCAUCUUCAUGUUAAGCAUUCACAGCAGGUUGGGAUGUAUGAAUUCCUUUGUACUUUUAAAUUCCAUCAUUUGCUUUAUUAUUACUUAGCAUAUGUCUACAUGGUGUUACAAAAAUCACAAAAAUCAUAACAUAUGACAUGUCACGGUGUUACUGUUACAUCGAAUAAUUUCUUCUUAUAUUGGUAUUUUUUUGUUUGUUGA